AUUCCUUUCCUCUUUACGGCUAAGCUUCCAUUCCAAAGCCCUUGUUGAUGCAUUGAACGAUACUCUAAAAGGGAAAUUUUCCAUUUGUUCUUUCUGAGUAGAACUCAGCAAUAACUUCAUUCUCCCCUGGUUAGUUGAUGCAAAAGUUUGAGAAUUUUUAAGACAAUGAAGAGGGUGAAGAAGCUACAACAAUUGUUACUCCUUUCUUAUAGGCCUAAACCUCUUCAAAUUUUCAUGGCCAUGAUGUUUCUCUAUUUGCUCUUCACCACUUUCGAAAUCGAAACUUCUCUUGCUUUCAAGACCAGGUUUGUGUCAGUGUCCUCCUUGCUGGGGACUGAACACGAAUACACCCAUCUCAGCGAGGCCUCAAACUUUCCCUCACAAGGGGUGUUCCAAGGUUCAGUGCAUCGGAAAGCUUCUACCUUGAGUUUUAUUGAGGUUUUGAACUACAGUAGUGUUGCUAAAAACGAGGUUUCUGAACUCCACAAGGCUGCUAAGCAUGCUUGGUUUGAAGGGAAGAGGCUUUGGGAAGAAGUGGAGAGUGUGACGAAAAUCGAGAAUGUGACAAGGUUCAAGGCUGAGAACCUUUCUGAUUCGUGCCAGCAUUCAAUUUCUUUAUCUGGUUCUGAAUUGAGGGGGGAGAAAGGGGUCACGGUGAUGAUGCUUCCUUGUGGGUUGACAUUGGGGUCUCAUGUUACUGUCGUGGGGACCCCUCGUUGGGCUCACUGGGAGGACGAUCCUAAGAUAUCCGUGGUGAAGGAACGGGAGGGGAAGGUGAUGGUGUCGCAGUUCAUGAUGGAGUUUCAGGGUUUGAAGAGUGUGGACAAGGAAGACCCUCCCAGGAUACUACAUUUCAACCCCAGGUUGAAGGGGGAUUACAGUGGGAAGCCUGUUAUCGAGCAGAACACUUGUUACAGAAUGCAGUGGGGUUCUGCUCUCAGGUGUGAGGGAUGGAAAUCCCGGGCUGAUGAGGAUACUGUUGAUGAACAGGUGAAAUGUGAAAAGUGGAUUCGUGAUGAUGAUAGCCGCACAGAAGAGGCAAAGGCAACAUGGUGGUUAACCAGACUGAUAGGGCGAACUAAGAAGGUGGCUGUAGAUUGGCCAUACCCUUUUGUUGAGGGGAGAUUAUUUGUUCUAACCGUAAGUGCUGGAUUGGAAGGUUACCAUGUUAAUGUGGAUGGAAGGCAUGUGACAUCUUUUCCCUAUCGCACGGGCUUUUCUCUUGAGGAUGCGACUGGUCUAUCCAUAAAAGGGGAUGUUGAUGUGCACUCUAUAUUUGCAGCUUCUUUACCUACAUCACAUCCAAGUUUUGCUCCACAAAUGCAUCUUGAAUUACUUCCUCAGUGGAAAGCUCCAUUGCUUCUUCAUGCAAAUGUAGAGCUUUUCAUUGGAAUACUUUCUGCUGGCAACCAUUUUGCUGAACGGAUGGCAGUGAGGAAAUCAUGGAUGCAACAUAAACUAGUCAAAUCUUCAAAUGUCGUGGCUCGCUUCUUUGUUGCCUUGCAUGGAAGGAAAGAUUUAAAUGUGGAGAUAAAGAAAGAAGCUGAUUAUUUUGGCGACAUUGUUAUUGUCCCUUACAUGGAUCAUUAUGACCUGGUUGUGUUGAAGACAAUAGCUAUCACUGAAUAUGGGAUUCGAGUGGCCGCCAAGUAUAUCAUGAAGUGCGAUGAUGACACAUUUGUGAGAGUUGAUUCUAUGAUAAGCGAAGUAAGAAAAGUAAGAAAUGGUAGAAGUCUGUAUAUUGGAAAUAUGAAUUUUCACCACAAGCCUCUACGUAAUGGCAAAUGGGCAGUAACAUAUGAGGAAUGGUCAAAGGAAGAGUAUCCUACCUAUGCUAAUGGUCCAGGUUAUAUAAUCUCUUCAGACAUUGCUCACUUCAUUGUAUCCAACUUUGAGAAUCACAAAUUAAAAUUAUUUAAAAUGGAGGAUGUGAGCAUGGGAAUGUGGGUAGAAGAAUUCAACAGUUCAAUUGCAGUUGAGUAUGUGCACAGCUUGAAGUUCUGCCAAUUUGGUUGCAUUGAAGAUUACUACACUGCACAUUACCAAUCUCCACGACAAAUGACUUGUAUGUGGCAUAAGUUGCAACACCAGGGAAAACCCUUAUGUUGCAACAUGAGAUAGCCUAUGAUCAUAAUAUUCAUAUUAUAUAUUUGUACAUAGGCACUGAGGACCUUUUUUUUUGGCCUCCACAUAUUCAUUCAUUGUUUUACCUCCUACUUUUCCCCAUUUGGAUUCUCCUAAGUAGAAGGCCUAGGUUUAUCGUAUAAAGUUGAAUACUGCAGCGAUCGCUGAAGGAGCAAACCAAUGAUUUGUGAAUUUGUAAUGUGGUAGACAUUGUAACAGAAGCCAAAUGAAAUGUUUAUUUCUGGUUUGACUUCAUAUUUGGUUUGCCAUACCAGAAUUACUGUGUGAA